CCGCGGCUGGGGCACAGCACAACAGCCACCCCCCGCCCGGAACUGCUGGCGGGGCCGCUAAGAACUCAGCGCUCAGCCCGCGCACCGGCCACGGGGCUCCCGGCAGCCGGGCCACGCUCGCCCCAGCCGCAGCCCCGGCCGCGGAUUGGCGCCAGGCUUGUUCCUUCCGGGGCCGCUCGGCCGCCGCUUCCUGCUCCUCCCCUUGCGCGGCGGGACUAGGCCCGGCAGCCGCGGCCUGGUUGGCGGCCCCUUCAAACCCAGCUCCGGCUCCAGCCGCCGCCAGCAGCCAGGGGGACCGCUGGUACUGGGGCCCUCCAGAUUUGUACUUCUCACCUUUGGCUUGUUUUCUCCAGUGGCGUUUGCGUACCCUGGCUAUCUAUUCCUCCAGCUUAUGUGUGCAAAGUUGCUGGCAGUUUUGCUGGACCUGGCCCUAGGAGGACUCUGGAGUCUGGCACAGUGACCUUUCAGCUUUAAAGAUCAGAGGAAAAAGGAGAAAGAAGUGACUGCGUGAAGGAGCAAGAGUAUCAGAGAGAAAAAACAGCUAGCAGUGCAGCUUGUGAAGGAGAGAAGAGUAACUGAGAAAGCUAAAAGAUGUCAACUCUACCAAGGAUAGCAAAAUCUAAAGCAAAACCACUGGUAUCAGAAGAAGAUGAAUUACCCUCCUUUCUUAAAUCCUUCUCUGAAUCAGAGGAGGAAGAGGAGGAGUGGGAACCAAAAAGCAAAGUGGCAAGUAAACGUAGGCUGCCAAAAAAAACUGAGUCAAAACCUAAAAAGGCUGCUGCUCCACGGUCAACUGUGGUUAGGAAAAGGACCAGGAAGACAGCAGUAAAAGAGGAGCCGAAUGUAUCUUUGCCUAUUGCUGCUGAUGAAGACAGUAAAGAUGGACUGAAACUUUUACAGCCUAAAGAAGACGGAGACCCCAAACCAAAAACUAGAACUAAAAAGCCAAAAAUGCCUCGGGGAACAAAAAUAAAUGUUAGUCAAGAAAAGAUGAAUAACCUAGAUAGUGAUGAAAUACCCUCAACAAGUGCGCCUUUGAUGGAAAAUGAAGUAAAGCAGGAGAAAUAUGAAGAAGAUUUUACAUUUGAUGAACCCCCUUUAAAAAGGAUAAAAUUGACAACAUGUCCUCAAGGAAAACCAGUAAAACAUCCUGGAAGCACCAAGCACCAAGAGGAAUUAGAAAUGAACUGGGACAUUGUGCAGGUCCUGUCAGAAAGAACAAAUAUUGAACCAUGGGUGUGUGCAAACAUAAUUUGCCUUUUCCGUGAUGAAAACACAAUUCCAUUCAUUGCCCGGUAUCGAAAAGAGCUUGUCAAUAAUCUGGAAGCUGAUGCCUUGCGAGAAGUACAGCAAACGCUGGAAGAACUACGUACUGUUGCAAAGAAGACACAUGCAACAAUACAGAAGAUAAAGAAAGAAGGAAAGCUAUCGGGAGGUCUAUUAACAGCCUUAUUAAACUGCAAAACUUUGGAUGAAUUGGACCAUGUGUCUGCACCAUAUAAAACUGGAAGUAAAGGCACCAAAGCCCAAAGGGCCAAACAACUGGGAUUAGAACCUGCUGCCAUAUCUCUCAUUGAAAACCCAGUAGAACUCAGUCUGUUUUCUUACAUUAAGCCUAAUGUCAAAGGACUUACAACCAUUCAGGAAGUAGAGGCUGGAGUACAACACAUCCUUGCUGACAUGUUUGCUAAAGAUAAGGAUACACUGGAUUUCAUUAGGAUACUAUGUCAGCAAAGGUACAUAUGUAUCCAGUCAGCCUUGGCAAAAGUGUCAUCAAAAAAUGUAAAUGAGAAAGACGUUAACAAAUUCCAACUGUACCAGAAUUUUUCUUGCAAUAUUAAGAACAUUCAGCAUCACCAGAUUCUGGCCAUUAACCGAGGGGAAAAUCUGAAGAUCCUGACAGUGAAGGUCAACGUUCCUGACGGGGUGAAGAAUGAAUUCUGUAGGUGGUGUGUCAAUGAAAGGUGGAGACCAAAACGCUAUGCAAAACCAGAGUUAAUGAAGUUAUUGCAUAAUUCGGUGGAAGAUUCAUAUAAACGUCUUAUUUAUCCUCUCCUCUGUAGAGAAUUCAGAUCAAAGUUAACGUCUGACGCAGAGAAAGAAUCUAUAAUGAUGUUUGGAAGAAAUCUUCGACAGUUGCUUCUGACGAACCCUGUGAGAGGACGUAUUUUGAUGGGAGUUGAUCCUGGGUACAAACAUGGCUGCAAGCUGGCAAUCAUUUCGCCAACCAGUCAGAUACUCCAUACUGAUGUUGUCUACUUGCAUUCUGGACAAGGAUUCCGUGAAGCUGAAAAGAUAAGGAGACUUCUUCUGCAUUACAACUGCAGCACUGUUGUGAUAGGCAAUGGGACUGCCUGCAGGGAGACAGAAGCUUACUUUGCUGACUUAAUUAUGAAAAAGUACUUUGCACCACUGGAUGUUGUAUAUUGCAUUGUCAGUGAAGCGGGAGCAUCUAUCUAUAGUGUUAGUCCAGAAGCUUCUAAAGAGAUGCCAGACCUAGAUCCUAACCUAAGAAGUGCAGUUUCCAUAGCUAGACGUGUACAAGAUCCAUUAGCUGAGCUAGUGAAAAUUGAGCCCAAGCACAUUGGAGUUGGAAUGUAUCAGCAUGACGUUUCACAGACUUUGCUCAAAGCAACCCUGGACAGUGUGGUUGAGGAGUGUGUCAGCUUUGUAGGAGUAGAUAUUAACAUCUGCUCAGAAAUACUAUUAAGACAUAUUGCAGGACUGAAUGCUAAUAGGGCUAAAAAUAUCAUUGAAUGGCGAGAAAAGAAUGGACCAUUUAUAAGUCGGGAACAGCUCAAGGAAGUUAAAGGACUAGGUCCAAAAUCCUUUCAACAGUGCGCUGGCUUCAUCAGGUUUAACCAAGAAUAUAUAAGAACCUUUUGCAGCAAUCAGCAAACUAAGCUUGCAGCAGAAGGUCAUGCACUUAUGGCUAAAGCAGAUGUUCAAGUCACAAGCAAAAAACAGGGCAAAAAGAAGAGCAAACCAGCAGCAAACGUUGCAGUACGGCCAAAUCCUUUGGACCAAACUUGUAUCCACCCAGAGUCAUAUGACAUUGCAAAGAGGUUUUUAACUUUCAUUGGAGGAAACGCAAAUGAUAUAGGAAAACCUGAUAUGCAACAAAAAGUAAAUGCUGUACUUCAAAAAGAAGGAAUAGAAGGAACAGCAAAAACACUAAAUACAACAGUACAUACACUGCAAAUAAUCAUUGAUGGUCUGACUCAACCUGAAGGCUUUGACAUCCGAACAGAUUUUGAUAAACCCGAUUUUAAGAGAAGCAUAGUUUGUCUUGAAGACUUGAGCAUUGGCACUGUUCUGACUGGAAAAGUAGAGAAUGCUACUCUCUUUGGAGUUUUUGUUGAUAUUGGUGUUGGUAAGUCAGGAUUGAUUCCAAUUAGGAACAUAACAGAAACAAAACUUUCCAAAGCCAAGAAGAGAAGAAGUCUCGGAUUGGGCCCUGGAGAAAGAGUGGAAGUUAAAGUACUCAAUAUUGAUAUCCCUCGAUCAAGGAUAACGUUGGACCUUCUUCGUGUUUUAUGAGUUGUUCCCCACUGAUAAGACUUUUAUUUCUUUUUUAAAGGUUAAAUGUUGUCACCAAGAUUCUAAAGGUUGCAGUUCAAGCAUUUACUGAGUAUACUGGAAAUGAAGGAAUUAAUCCAACUUUUGAAAUCUUCAAUUUCACUUUUUAAUUCCAGAAGUUUUUCCAGAACUCUCUAAGCUCCCUCCCCUUAACAGUCACUUUAACACCAGCCCUGAAGUGGCUUUCACCCUCUUAUUAGGGCACACACCUUCUUUUUGCAGAAUAAGUGAUAUCUCAAUGCGCUGCCAGACAUAUCUCUUACCUGUUUUCUUCUGUGCAAGAUUUGCUCUCUCAAUCCACAUUUGGUCUGUGCUGCUUCAGCAGACUCAGCCAUGUUCUUUCAUACUGAAAAACACCACUUGAAUGGUCUGUUUCCAUGCUGUUUUCUUAAGGAGGGCUUAAAAGUAGACUUUGGUAGAAACUAAAAUAGAAGCUUAAAAAUGGCCUCUGCUUAGACCAAGGAAGAACAGCAACGCAUAAUGCUAAAAUCUGGAUAUAAUGGUAAUUGUAUUAUUGGAUCAGAAAUGUGCUGUUUGUAUUUGAGCUACCGUGUAAAGUUUUUUUUUAUUUAUUAUUGCUCGGGCAAUUAUCAUAUUAAUUAACACAGUGAGGUACCUCUAAUUUGCUCAAAAAGUUGCAAAAGCAUUUUUUCUGUACCUGUACAUAAUAAAAAUCUUUCUGACCUA